CAGAAGAGCUUUGUCUUGCAGAGUUAUCGAGCAGAUUGUUUUCGCAACAAUCAUGGCAAGGUGCUCGUCGAAUUCCGUAUUCAAAACUCGAUCAAGCAUCGCCAAUAAUCUGCAGGAGUAUGGUGUCCCUUGGAUAUUCCUCUCCUUCGAUCGGCAAGUCCAGAGGUCUGGUACAGUGCAGCUGCGUUCCGUAAGGAAGAUCCAUUCUGCAUUGAGAAGAGACCGAGGCAAGUACGAAGGUCAGUUCCAAGAUCUUCGGGUACAUUCUCGUCAACGCAGCCUCGAGCAAUUGCACGAUGAUGAUCGGCAAUUUGGAAUUCUCCAUAGCUCGUCGACGAAGAUCCAACUUCGUCGCUGCGACGUGCGUCACUUUCGUUCUUUCGAUUAAUAAGCAAUCGAGAGCUUCGUGGAUCAGCUGAAUAUCUUCUUCGUUGGGCAAGAUUAUCAGAAGAUAUCCCAGGGUCGUGAAAUAGUGCUCCAUUAUGACGAAGCUGACGAGACUCUCGGAAGUACGUUCCAGCAAAGGCGGUCGAUUGCACAAGCGCAGCAUCCGGUCCAGAUGCACCCGAUAGUCACUGACUUCUCUGGACUUCCAGGCUAGAAAUUCUAGCACCUUCAUUACGGAUGGCAGAUGCUUGACUGGCUGAAAGGUGUCUUUAAGGAACGCGCUCUUGAAAACAUGUCGGAAGAAUCGAGAUGGAUCCUGACGCAACCGAAGGGACGUCAGGGAGAGGACAGAGCAGACUGCAGGAUUAAGUGCGAGCGGUCAGGAUGGCUUGGGGAUGGACGUUGCUGAUCCUGACGAGCGUCUGGACGCUGGGCGCCAGCUACCUGGCGGUGCUGCCGUCCAGCAUCCCAGUCGGCGCCGUCGUCUUCGAGGCCGGGGUGCCCCAGCUGGGCGGUCGGCGCAGAUACGAGGCCUCGAGCGAGCGCACCGCCUGGUUCGCCCGGAAGCUCCUCAAGGUGCAUCCGCACACGGGUCGCGUGAGCCUGGCGAGGCCGCUGAGCUGCGACGGACUCCAGUAUCCGCGCGUCUUCACCUUCUACGUCGACUCGACGAGCUCCCGUCUAGGUAGACCCACCAUCGACUACUACAGCCUGCCGCUGAGGAUCCUCAUCACCGGAUGCGGCGGCGAGAAUCGCGACCUGGCGGCCACCAGGGGCUGGAUGGCGGAGACCCUGGCCUCUUACGCGAUGCCCAGCACUGACAGGUUUACCGAAGUGUGCCUGCGAACGUCUCAACUAGUGGCAGCUCUUCGCGAUUUUCUACCACAGACGGCCCUGAAGGAAUGCGAAACCAGAUGGGGCGGAGUGGCGGAUCCCAGGUUUCUCGUUGAAGGCGCCGCUGGUGAUUUGGUGUCCGCCACCGAGCAGUGCUUGGUGGAUCCGUUAUGGAAGGUCUCGGUCAGCAUGAACCUGCGUUGCAACGGCGAUUCGCGUCUGACCGACGCCGAGCAUCGGCUGAAGAUUGUGUUCCAUCACCGUCAACUGGACGACACCGAUCUGGGUAGGAGAGUGAGGCGAGAGCUGAAGAAUCAGUCUCCGUAUUUCGAGCAACCCCUCUAUGUCGCCGCGGUGGAAGAGGAAAAGGAACUGGGGGUUUACGUGACCUCGGUAAGAGCCAGAGAUCCCGAAAACGGCGCCGUGCGAUAUUCGAUGAACUCGCUGAUCGACGCGAGAUCGCAGGCGCUGUUAGCUCUCGAUCCAGUGACCGGAAGAGUAACGACUCGCGCCAGACUGGACCGGGAGAACGUCGACGUGCACUACUUUCGGGUACUGGCAGUGGACGAUUCGUUUCCACCAAGAACCGGCACGACGACUCUUCAGGUCAACGUACUGGACGCGAACGAUCACACGCCCAGCUUUGAGUGGCCGGAAUAUGACGCCUCGGUGCGAGAGGGCGUCCCCGUGGGUUCCACCGUGGUUACAGUCAAGGCCACGGACCAGGACACCGGUAGAAACGCCGAGGUGGAGUAUUCUAUCGUUUCCACCACGGCAGACGGUGUCACCACGCACACGGAAGACGCGGCAACUUUCAGAAUCGAUUCUAGAUCCGGCGUAGUCACCACGCGAACUCCGCUCGAUCGUGAGAUAACCGAGGUGUACACAGUGAUACUCAGCGUUACGGAUCAAGCGACGCCACCUUCGACGCGACGAAGCGCGAACGCGACCUUGAUGGUGCGCGUGCUGGACGACAACGACAAUUAUCCACAGUUCACCGAACGCACGUACUCGGCGUCCGUGCCGGAGGACCUGGACUACACGACCAAUCCGAUAGUGGCUCAUAUUCGAGCGGCGGACGCGGACGCCGGCGCCAACGCGGCCGUCCGUUACGCCAUCAUCGGCGGCAACACGCAGAACACGUUCUCCAUCGACUCGAUGAGCGGCGACGUCGCCUUGGUCAAGCCGCUGGACUACGAGUCUAUCAGGAGCUACAAAAUCGUCAUACGCGCCCAGGACGGCGGCUCGCCCGCCCGAUCCAACACCACCCAGCUGUUGGUGAUGGUCAGAGACGUGAACGACAACGCGCCGCGAUUCUACACGAGCCAUUUUCAAGAAUCAGUGGCGGAAAACGUGCAGCUGGAUUCCUCGGUGCUCAGGGUGCAGGCGUACGAUGCCGACGAGGGUAAAAACGCGCUCAUCAAGUAUAACAUCGGCGCGCGCGACUUCACCGGCGCCUCCACCGAGAACUUUCCCAUCACCGUGAACGUGGAGACCGGAUGGAUCUACACGACGAAGCAGUUGGAUCGCGAACAAUGCUCCAGAUAUCAAUUCAUCGUAAUCGCGAUGGACUCCGGCGACGAGCCAAAGUCUGCGAGCGCGACGGUGAUUCUCACGGUGACCGACAUUAACGACAACGAUCCUUACUUCGAGCCGAAGAACUACGAGGCCGUGAUAUCCGAAGACGAUCCGCCGGGCACCCCGGUCGCCUCGGUGACCGCCACCGAUCCGGACGAGGACACCAAGAUUCAUUACAAGAUCACAGGCGGUAACACGCGCGGACGCUUCUCCAUCGCGUCGCAAAACGGCCGCGGUCUCAUCACCGUCGCUCAGCCGCUCGAUUACAAGCAGGAGAAGCGAUUUGUGCUGACGGUGACUGCCUCGGACAGCGGCAGCCGCACCGACACCGCCCUGGUCUACGUGAACGUGUCGGACGCCAACAACUUCUCGCCGGUGUUCGAGAACGCGCCGUACUCGGUGUCGGUGUUCGAGGACGCGCCGGUCGGCGUGACCGUCUUGGUGGUCAGCGCUACCGACUCCGACGUUGGCAAGAACGCCCAGAUCACGUACAGCCUGGCCACCGAUAAUGGCGAGCAGGCGAUCAACGAGUUCACCAUCAAUCCGCAGACCGGAGCGAUCACGACCACCAAAGCGCUCGAUCGCGAACUGAUACCCUCGUACUUGUUGACGGUGACCGCCAGAGACGGUGGGAUACCACCAUUGUCGGAUACCACCGACGUGGAAAUCUCUGUUACGGAUGUGAACGAUAACGCGCCCGUCUUCGAGGCUCCGCAGUAUCAAGGAUCGAUCUCCGAAGAUGUUUUAGUGGGCACCAGUGUGCUUAGGGUCGCGGCAACCGAUGCGGAUACCGAUCUCAAUGGCCGGGUGAGAUAUGCUUUAGAGGACGACGGAGAUGGCGCGUUCGCGAUUGAUUCCACGACAGGUAUCGUCAGGACCGCGAAACCACUGGACCGUGAAUCGGUAGCGCGUUAUUUCUUGAAGGCCGCUGCCAUAGAUCGCGGUUCACCCGCGCUUUCGUCCGUCGUUCAAGUCAUGAUCAAGAUCGAGGACAUCAACGACUCGCCUCCCGCCUUCGAGAACGACAAGAUCGUUCUGUACAUCGCUGAGAACUCGCCGAUCGGCUCCACCGUUGGCGAGAUCUACGCUCACGAUCCGGACGAGGGUCCGAACGCGGUGGUGCAGUACAGCAUCAUCGGGGGCGAGGACUCCAAUAGCUUCGCCUUGAAUAUCCGCCAGGGGGCCGAUCGGGCGGAGCUGAUCACUCUCGAGGAACUGGAUUACGAGUCGCCGAAGAAGAAAUUCGAGCUUGUGGUGCGAGCCGCGUCGCCUCCGUUGCGCUCGGACGCGCUGGUGCAGAUUCUCGUGACCGAUGUCAACGAUAACGCGCCGGUGCUCAAGGACUUUCAGAUCAUCUUCAACAAUUUCAAAGACUUCUUCCCGACCGCGCCGAUCGGCCGUAUACCGGCAAUAGACGCUGACGUCACUGACAACCUCGUCUACAGCAUCCUCGCAGGCAACAACGCGAAUCUGAUCGACCUCAACAAGACCUCCGGCGAGAUCCGGCUGUCGCCGCAGCUCAACACCAACGUGCCGCGAGUGGCGACCAUGGAGGUCGCCGUGACGGACGGCAUCAACGAGGCGAAGGCCACGAUGACGCUGUCGGUGCGUUUGAUCACCGAUGAGAUGCUGCUGAAGUCGAUCACAGUGAGACUGGACGACAUGACGGUGGAGGCGUUCCUCAGUCCUCUUCUGGGUUACUUCCUGGACGGUCUGGCAGCCAUCAUUCCUUGUCCGCGCGAAAACAUCUUCCUCUUCAGCAUCCAGGAGGACGCGAACGUCCACGCCAAGAUCCUGAACGUCAGUUUCUCAGCUCGCAGAGUGGAACCCGGUAUGGUAGACGAGUUUUACAGUCCGCAGUUCCUUCAGGAACGCGUCUACCUGAACCGCGGCAUCCUGGCGAGACUGGCGACGGUCACCGUCCUGCCCUUCGACGACAAUCUCUGCGUCCGGGAGCCCUGCCUGAACUUCGAGGAGUGCCUGACGGUGCUGAAGUUCGGCAACGCGUCCGGUUUCGCCAGCAGCGACACAGUCCUCUUCCGACCCAUCUACCCGGUGACGACGUUCGCCUGCAGAUGCGGCCGCGGCUUCACCGGCAGCCUCGAGGCCUACAUGUGCGACACCGAGGUGAACCUCUGCUACUCCAACCCGUGCGCGAACGGCGGCACUUGUCACAGACGGGAAGGCGGAUACUCGUGCAUCUGCGGUCCCGACUUCACCGGGCUGAACUGCGAGAUCUCGCUGGACCGCGACGCCUGCGCGAGCCCGGGGAUCUGCAAAGGCGGCUCUCAGUGCACGGCUCUGAAGAACAGUUUCCUCUGCGAGGGCUGCCCCGUGUCCGUGCUGGAGAGCGUGACGCCCUUCUGCGAGUUAAGAGCGCGCAGCUUUGGUCCGGCGACCUUUCUCACCUUCGCCUCUCUUCGACAACGUCACCGUCUCCAUCUCAAGCUGAAGUUCGCCACCGAGCUGACGGACGGUAUGCUGCUCUACAACGGCCGGUACAACGAGCGCCACGACUUCGUCGCCCUGGAGAUCGUGGACUCGCGGGUGCAGUUCAGCUUCUCUCUUGGGGAUGAGGUGACCCGGGCGACGGCGGCCGUCCCCGGCGGAGUCUCGGACGGACGAUGGCAUGAGGUCGAGGUCUCCUACAUCAAUCGCACGGUGACGGUGUCCCUGGACGACUGCGACGUCGCGCUCGCCCUGGAGCACGGCGAGAGGCUGGGACCCAGGUGGAGCUGCGCCGCCAGGAGCGAGAGGCUCCUCGAGGAACGCUGCGGACUCGUCACCGAGACCUGUCACAGGUUCCUGGACCUGACGGGACCGCUGCAGCUCGGCGGCCUCCCGGCGAUCCCGUCCAACUUUCAGAUUCGGAACAAGGACUACGUAGGGUGCAUCAGCGAUCUCUACAUCGAUCACACUUUCGUCGACCUGAACUCCUUCGUCGCCGACAACGGGACUCACGCCGGCUGCCCGGAGAAGGUCGCCUUCUGCGCCUCGUCGCCCUGCAGGAACAACGGAAAAUGCCGCGAAGUAUGGGCAGGUUUUCUCUGCGAAUGCGAGGACGCGUUCGCUGGCCCAACCUGCGCCGAGGAGGUCGGCGAGCCAUGGAUGUUUCAUGGCCAUGGUAUGCUCAGCUUCAACCCGCUGCUACGACCGAUCCAAUUACCCUGGUUGACCGGCCUGAGUCUCCGAACUCGAGAGCGACAGGCCUUCGUUAUGAGCGUGCAGAUCGGUCAGAACAGCUCGGUGCUGUUGGAAAUUCGAGAUGGCAAGCUGGUAGUCUCGUUAGACGGCGCGGACGUAAUUGGUACCACCGGCAAUGUCGCCGAUGGCGAGUGGCAUCGUCUAGAAGUCCUCUGGCAGAGCGGCCACGUCUCGUUAGAUACCGACUAUCGGGAUCGACCUACAACCCUGCCUUUACCCGCGAAGCUCCAGGGUCUCUACGUCGGCCGGAUACUCGUAGGCGGCCCAGACCAGACUAUCGACACUCAAUUGAGACCUUUGUCCGGCUGCUUGCAGAACAUACGGGUUGGAUCGAACCAGAGUCUUCUCCACCGUCCGACAGUGAAGGAGAACAUCAGCGUAGGCUGCCCAUCGAAAUCCAAAUGCGAAAUCAAUUGCGAUCCGGAAACCUCGGUCUGCCAAUCCCGGUGGCAGUCCAGCGAAUGCGUAUGCGCCGCUGGUUACGUUGGGCCCAGGUGCGAGCCCGUGUGCGACCUGCGUCCGUGCAAGCAAACUGGCGUCUGCUUGAAGGACGCAACUACGUCGAAGCGUGGCUAUCGUUGCGACUGUACGUCAACCGAGUACGCUGGCAAUUAUUGCGAUAUCAAGGCCGAUCAGCCGUGUCCGGCGACUUGGUGGGGCAGCCCGGUCUGCGGCCCCUGCCACUGCGACGAGACUAAGGGCUACGAUCCGGCCUGCAACAAGACCACCGGCGAGUGUUACUGCAAGGAGAACCAUUAUCAGCCGACCGGCCGCAAGGAGUGCAUACCUUGCGAGUGCUACGUCACCGGCAGUUUUGGACCGCGUUGCGACAGCGAGACCGGUCAAUGUCGCUGCCGAACCGGGGUCAUUGGUCGAGCGUGCACCGAUUGUCCGAAUCCCUAUGCCGAGGUGACUCUGAGGGGCUGCGAAGUGGUUUAUGACGGCUGUCCCAGAUCGUACUCGGACGGUCUGUGGUGGCCGCGGACUCUCUUCGGGAUGACAGCCAUCGAAGACUGUCCCGGCACCGCCGAGGGCAAGGCCUCGAGAUCCUGUGACGACAAAUUGGGCGGCUGGCAAUCGCCUGAUCUCUUCAACUGCACCUCGGACGCUUUCGUCGAGCAACGGUAUCAGCUCGCGGCCCUGGAGACCAAGGAUCUCACGUUAAACACCUACGUGGCCGUGAAGAUGGCGAAGGACGUUCAUCGAGCGGUCAAUGUCACCAGGGAGAUGUACGGAGCGGAUCUUCUGGUAGCGGAAUCCUUGCUGGUGACGUUGCUACGUUACGAAGAGAGCCUUGUGGGGUUGAAUUUGACUCACAGCCAGGAUAAAGAUUAUGUCUCCCAUCUGGUCGGCAUAGCUGGAGCAAUUCUCAGAGCCAAAUAUAAAGAGAAAUGGGAGAAGAUAGGAGAACUUAACGGAGAUAGUCCCGAUAAGGUUCUAAACGCUAUGGCGAGUUACUUGAAGACUCUAACGGCAUCGCAACACGACACUUUCACCAGUCCCUUUGAAGUGGUCGAUAAUAAUGUCGUGCUCGGUCUAGACGUCGUGACAUCGGAAAGUCUCUUCGGCUACGAAACCGCCGAAUACAAGGAAGAUCCCACUUUAUCAACGGCGAGGCCUUCGGAAGCUGACCGGAAGGUCAUCCUUCCCGAUACCUCUGCCUUUCUCAGUUCUUCGACACAUUUUGGUCCAUCCAUCAGCUUCCCGAAGUAUAACAACUAUAUGGCUGAUCCCAGCAAAUUCGAUCCACACUCGAAGAUUCAAGUAUCGCUCAACAUCCUGGGCAUCAAAUCUCUCAUGCAGGGUGAACUGAAUGUCAAGAACAGUCUGAGCAAUCAAAAGGCCGUGCUAAGUUAUGUGCAAUAUAAAGAACUCGGCGCUCUCUUGCCGCAAAGAUUCGACGAUUCGGUAGCAGUUAGAUGGGGUGUAGAAGUAGCAGUCGGUUCGCCUGUAAUGACCGUCUCGGUAUUGGUUCCUUCGGACAACGGUUAUGAAUCCUUGACAGGAAUCCCUUUACAGUCGCCGGUCCAAGUUCGACUUUGGCUCAACGAGAACGACGACUUUAAAACCAGAACGAACCCGCAGUGUGUCCAUUGGAGCACAGCGAGAGGAGUUGGCGAAUGGAGCCGAAUGGGAUGCACGACGGAAAUCGAAGACAAUUCUCUGUCAUUCGGCACCAUCGUGAACUGUUCCUGCUUGCAAUUGUCCACAUUCGCCAUACUGACGGACGUCCUCGAUCUGGAAUACGUUCCCGAGCCAUCCCUGCUGGAGGAUGUGACCAGUUACAGCGCGUUUAUGCUCGCACUGCCGCUACUAUUGUCCGCCCUCCUGAUCCUGGCGUUAAUUCGCGGCGGGGGCACCAAUUCCAACAGUAUCCAUAAGAACCUGGUGCUGUGCGUCUUCGUAGCGGAAAUCCUGUACUUGAUCGCGCUCAAAGCCAGAGGUCCCCUAAUAUCUAACGAGUUCCCGUGCAAACUAACGGCGAUAGGACUGCAUUACGCUUGGUUGAGUACCUUCGCCUGGACCCUCGUGGAUUCCGUUCAUCUCUAUCGGAUGCUGACAGAGAUGAGGGAUGUGAAUCACGGACAGAUGAGGUUUUACUACACCAUGGGAUACGGUCUACCGGCUGUCAUCGUUGGACUCACCAUCGGCGUCAGGGCUGAUCAAUACGGAAAUUUCUAUUUUUGCUGGCUGUCCAUCUACGAAACCGUGAUCUGGUCACUAAUAGGGCCUGUCUGCGCAGCUGUGUUGGUAAACUUCUGCAUUCUCGUGAUGUGCAUUCGCGCAGCUUUUACUCUGAAGGAGCACAUUAUGGGUUUCGGAAAUUUGCGAACGCUUUUAUGGCUCUCUGUGGCCUCGUUGCCUUUGUUAGGAUCAACGUGGACCCUGGCGGUUCUCAACGCAUCCGAGAAUUCACCUACUCUAUCGUACUUGCUGAGCGUUGCCAUAGUAGUUCACGCAGCAUUUAGUCUAAUCGGCUACUGCUUCGUCAAUGGCAGAGUGAGGAGAAAUUUGUAUCAAAGUUUAUUAAGAUGUAUUGGAAAAAAGACACCUUUGCUAGAAGGAAGCAUGGGUAACGGAAGUAGCAGUCAAAAUGUGAAUGGUCACUCGCGUUCGGCGUUGGCUUACUCUUCAACUUACAGCGGAGCCGAAUCCGCAUGCAGGAGAGUUCACGUCGGCGUGUCGACGAGCAGCACGACCUCGAGAAGUACAAAGACGGGCUCAAGCCCUUAUCGUAGCGAUACACACUUGAGACAUACAUCGACAUCCACGAGCAAUUACAAUAGCGAUCGAGAUCCGUAUCUAUCGUCCAGGAGUCAUCGGUCAGCGCUACACCCUCGACAAGCGGAACCCACGGAGGUGAGAAGCCAACGCAGAGAAUCAGAAUCAGACUCCGAUGGCUCGCAAGCCGAGGGAGGCGGAAGAAGCCUGGAUCUCGCUAGCUCGCACAGCUCCGACGAGGACGAUGUCACGUCGAGGUCUCACAGGAACAUGGGAGUGUCUACGCAACAGCACGUCACUCACAGCUACCUGCCCAACAUUCACACCAAUCCCGCCGAACACUUGAAUAUACUUUGCUCGAAUGCCGAGCUGUUCCCCAACAUCAAGCCCAUCUACGCCCCUAGAUGGAGUUCCCAACUUCCGGAGGCAUACUUGUCAUCAAAUGCGAUGGACGUGCGUGGCAGCCAAUGGUCCGGCGGGACCAUGUCGGAUAACGAGAUGGCCUCGAACAAGACCUCGAGUCCGAACCCGCUGCCGUAUCCGGAGAUGAGCUCGCCUCCAGAGAAGAGCCAGCCGGACGAAAACUACUCGGAGGGCGAGGAAAAGGUGCACCAUCUGGGCGAGAAGUAUCUGUUCCCGUACACCGCCGAGGAGGACCACACGGUGUCGCCCACCCCGUACAUGCUGUCCAUGUCGUCGCGCAUCCUGGCGUCCAGCAUGAGCCACCAUUCGCAGACCUCGAAUCACGAGAAUCUGAGCGGUUCCGAGCAGCGGUACGGCAGCCUGAAGCGAGGUCAGAGCCUGCACGGCUCUCAACACGACAACCUCAGCGGCUCCGAGAGAUACGGCAGUCUGAAACGCGGCAAGAUGGGUACCCCGACUGUCCUGCAGGACACGCCCGAGUACAUCCUGCCGAUGAGCGGGAGGAUACUGUCGAGCUCGUUGACCCACGAUCUGCAACAUAGCAACGAGCUGGCGGCGAUCAGGCAGCAACAACAGCACCAGCAGCAAUACGAGCAAACUAUCACCGAGACCGAGAAGGAUACUAAUGCGGAAACGUCCGUUUGACGAGGUCCGUGCCAGAACAAACGAGAACAACGUACAAAGUAACUUAGCUUACGCCUAGCUUAAGUGUCUACAACGCGCAAUAAAGACUUCGAAACGAUCGUCGAUAUAUAUAUUUAAACAAGAAAAGAAGCGGCCAUGACUUAUUACAUAAUUAGCCAUAUUAAUUAGCGUGUAUGUGCGGGUCCGCCGCGGUAAAAAUCUAUUCUAUCCUGAAGAGAUAUAAAUGUCGCACGUCGCGAAUAUCUUUCAACGAGCUGGCAGUGUGAACGAUGACGUCGUUUAAAUAAUUAUUUAUUUAAUGAAUAUCAUUAAAAAUGGUAUAUUAUCGGCAAAUUAUCGUUUGCAUCAUCAUUGGAAAAUAUCGAUGUGUGACGUUUAUUCGUCGAUCAGGCCAUCAAUUGAAGGAUUCGGUGCACAAAACGAGGCAAAUUGAUAAUUUAUAUUUUUUUAAUUUUUUAUUUUAGCUUACACAAUCAAUGUGUGUAACUAAAAGUAACUUCUUAAAACUUUUCUCUGUGUAACUUUGUGUUUAGAAUUUAAAAAAAAAACACAUGCGAAUUUACACUCGGCUUAUUAUUAUACCAUCGUUGUGUGCAGCGAAUGCGUUCAAUUAAUUGCUCCGAUCGAUUCAUUAAAAAAAACAACAAAAUUUGCGCUUGUUGUUUUACUUUGUAUUAAGAAGGGCGACCUGGUGAUUUUGUGAAUCUCCGAUUUUUCUCGGCGAACGAUCCGAUUGCCGUUUAUAUAUAUAUAUAAUCGCGGCAAUGAACGUUCGGAAAAAGAUUCGGAGAACGAAAAUGAUCUCUAAUCAUUAUCGCGUUUUAUAUAUUCGUUAGUAUUCAUUCUUUCUCUUUGAGCUCAGUAUUUUGUGCAAUGUACACAUUCCACUGCCUGUCUGUCAUCUCUCUCUCUCUUAUACAUGUAUAUGUAUCAUUUUAGAUUCCACAUUUGCGUUUCCAUCUCCCUUCAUUUUUUUAUAUAUAUAUAAAAGUUUACAAAUCUUUCUUUUUACUUUACAUGCCAUGAUGAAGAAGAAGAAGAAGAAAAAACGUAGCGAAUAAGUCGAAGCGUGUCAAUUUUGCAGCGCAGUUUUUUUCAUACUUUUGUAUAUAUAUAUAUAUAUAUAUAUAUAUAUGUCGGAUAUAUAUAUAUAUCAUAUGCUCAUACAAGACGAGAAGAGAGAAAACGAUCUGUGAGAAAAAAAAUACAUAAUUUAUAUAUCCUUCAGCAACAAGAUGAAAUUUGCUUUUCGCUCGUCAUCCUUUACUUCUUCCUGAAUCGCAACCAGAAGCUGGCUGAUAAUCCACAUUCCACACAAUUUCCGCAGCGGUUGUUGAUUGAAAAAUUACCCUUUAUUUUUCUCUCAUCGAAAAUAUAAAUAACUUACAAAAUAUAUACGUAGUAUUCAGUGUGCGUGUUUGUUAUCUGUGGAUCGAUAUACUCGGAAGAUCUCUAAAGUAAAAGUCGAUGUAUGUAUAUUUAUAUAUAUAUACGUAUAUCUCGCGGUUCGAUCCCCGAUGACGUCCAGACGAGUCGAAAGCUACCUCGUGGAAAAGCCUUCUUGCUGGACGUCCUCGGUGUUCAAGAGCGAUUAUUACGCGCAUCUAUGAUACUCUAGUUAUCUCUUUUAAGGUACGAUAUUAUACGCGGGUUUUCAGUUUUCGGGGAGAUGAUUUGAUUUGUCUGACUUUGAAAUUCGUUAUUGGGUUAUUUGCUACGUAUCGGGGAUUUCAAUGAUGAAAAGAGGGUGUCUCUUUCCACGUUUUACCCGUUAAACACGACGACGAUAACGACGAUGAUGAUAUUCUUAUUUGCUUACCCUAAGUUACUGUUAUCUAAGAAAAUCCGCCCGACGGACAAAUCGGAUACAGAAUUCGCGCAUGAUGGCACAUAUACAUCACUAGGGGCUAAAUAAUCGCUAGAGACUAGGAGUAUAUAUCGUCGCUACACGGU